GGCGCGCCACCUACCACCAUUUUCCUUUCCCUCCCCCCGAAAUCUGAAUCCAAAUCUCCGUCAACGCCGCCGCUGCUCCAUGCCUCCCUCGCCGUCGCAGCUGGCACCGCCGCCGCCGGCCACGGAGGUUGUCGAGGUGGAGGACGCCUCCGACACCGAGACGGUGGAGGGAGAGGCGCCACCACUUGCCCCGGCUCCGGCCCCGGCCCCGCCGGCCGGCGGGGGCGCCGAGGCGACCCGUGACGCAUCUGGGUCGGGGGAGCCGGCGGCGGGCGGAGAAGAGGCCGAAGAAGAGGAGGAGGAGGAGGACGACGACGAAGAAGACUCUGACGACUCUGGCGACGAGGAUUCGGAGGAUGAAGAUGACGAGGACGACGAAGACUCCGACGAGGAGGGGGAGGACGAAGGCCAAGACUCUGACGAAGACGACGAAGACGAGGACUCGGAUGAGGAGGAGGACGACGACGAUGAAGACGAGGACGACGACGAGUAGGACGGGAUGGAAGUGGAGCUUGCGGCGUUCGCAUCUGGGUGAGGAUGAAGUGAAGAUUCAAUUAGCCGAGGAGUCGGUAUGCACUGAUGCUUAAGUGUAUGUAAGUGUUGGCAAUCGGUAAUCUGUAAAUGCCGUGGAUGCAGAAUAUUGGCUACGGCAUGACUAAAAUUUGGCCUCAGGGCUGACGGGUUUAGUGACCCAAGAAGCUUCUGGUGCUGAUUCUCUGUUUCUACUAUGUACUCUGUGGACAAAAAAUGUAUUGUUCUUUUCAUC